AUGCCCCAGGGCAAGCCGCACUCCAUCAACGAGUACGUCUCGGUCAAGAAGCCACCCCAUCUCGACCGUCUCACCGCCACCACCCACCAAGAAUCCACCAUCGAGUCCGUCACCAUCGACGUGGACGACGCCCCCAACGGGUUUGUCCCUGGCUUCCUGCACAUGCCGCCCAACUUCACCGCCCCGGACCCGUUCCAAGUCCACCACCGCACGGCCGCCAUCCUCCUCUCCGGCGCUGGCGGGGGCGUCACAGGCCCGUCGUCCAUCUACCUCUCCUUGGCUUGCAAGCUCGCCACGCUGUCCUCGGGCAUCCCGACGCUCCGACUCGACUGGCGAUACCCUGCCCGCAGCAAGCAUUGCGUCGCCGAUGUCUACGCCAGCAUGAAGUACCUGCAGGAUCUAUACGGACUCGACCGGUUCGUGCUGGUGGGCUGGUCCUUUGGUGGUGCGCCCGUGUUUGCAGUGGCAGGCGCCGAUCAGCGAGUGAUUGGGUGCGCGACGGUAGCGAGCCAGACACUGGAUGCGGAAGAGGGGAUUCGCAAGUUGGCGCCCAGACCGGUGCUACUGCUGCAUGGGACGGGAGAUAGGACGAUGAGCCCGGCGUGCGCGGAACGGUUGUAUAAGAUGUAUGGAGAAAAGGGGGAUAGGCAGAUGGAGAUGUUUGAUGGGGAUAAUCAUUCGUUGAUGGGCAAUGCGGGGACGGCGGAGGAGAUGUUGUGUGAGUUCAUUGCAAAGUGCGCGGGCGUGGAGGUGGACGAGGGGUUGAGGAGGGAUGUGGUCGAGACGGAGUUGGUGGAUGAGGAGGAGAGGGAGGAGUUGAUGGGGAGGGGAGGGGAUCUUCGCGGGUUGGAGAGGAGGGAGUAG